UGUGUAGGCGCCUCUAUACCUAGCCUAGCCUGGCUAGAGGCUAGAGCCUGAGGCUGAGGCAUUCAGGGCCUUAGGCUUGGGCCCGGUUCAGAAGGAAGUCGUUCAAUGCUUGCAAUUUCGCAUCUUCAUCAGGGGCGCCCUUGUGGCGGGUAAAGCCGUUGGAGCCCGGUACUGGCCCCAACAGACAUUGAUAUGGCGGCACCUUGGAAGCAUAUGAAGGGUUAGGUGGUCAAUAGGCGAGGUUCGAGGCUGCUGCAAUUUAAGGAGAGCGAUGAGUGGCUACGGGCACAGAGAAGGGCGUCUGCAAUCCAAGGUGGUGACUGUGGAUAACCGCGAUAGGCGCCCGGACAGCCCUCGAGGAGUGUCCAGGUACAGGUCCAGGAGCCCCCCCAGAAGAAUAGUUGAGGAUUACGAUGGUCGGCAGCUUCCCGCUCCUCCUAAUGGACGGACGUACGGAUCGACUCAGGUCUAUAAGGAUGCAAGAGAGGGGGGGGACAGGUGGGAGGGAGAAGGUCCUGAGAAAAGGGAGGGGUACAGCAGACACGCAGCGCCUAGGGAAGAGAGUCGGAGCAUUGGUCCCCUGGGAGACGAUGAUACUGUGCUGAUUUCAAACUUACCAGAUGACAUCACCGUCCGUGACAUCAUUGAAAGAAUAGGAGAAGUGGGUAAAAUAAAGACUGGCAAGUCGGGCGCGCCUCUCGUGCGCAUCUUCCAGAGCGAUGCAUCGGGGGGGAUGGAGGCUGAGGUCAUUCUGGACAGCGUCCGGGAGGCUGAAGGCGUCGUCCGAUGGUUUGAUGGCUACGAGCUCUUGGGCCGCAAAAUCCGGGUUUCGCGGCCGGCGUCAAGUCCACGACGGCCGUCACAACGAGGAGAGCCGUAUCUUCCUCCCCCAGUCCCCGCUUGGGAUUCGCCACCUCCCCCUGCCGCUCGGGGCAGGUCGCCGCCAGCCCCUGCCCCUCGGAGAUACAGAGACGCUCCUCUGCCUCGCGACAGGGCACCCCCAUUUGCUGCGGACCGCCCCAUCCGACCGAACAGCAUUCCCAACGUUGCGCCGAGGGAAGGGGACUGGAUCUGCGCCAGCCCCGACUGCGGCAAUCUCAACUUUGCCCGUCGCACGACCUGCCACAAGUGCGACCGGCCGCGACCUUUCCCGGGCCCCGCCCCCCUUCUCGGACGGGGGAUCCCCCCCGUCCGACCCUUCCUCGUCAUGCCCGCGGGCGUCGGACGUGGUUUCGGCGCACCCCCCCCUUAUCUGAUGGGCUCUUUACCCCCCCCUGUGGGGCUUUCUCGGGGGCCCCCGUUUGCGUCCAGGGGAAGGUCGCCCCCGCCACGGGAUAGGGGGUAUUCUAGCGAUCGAGGGCAUGAGGAUAGAUAUCGAGUUGAAAGGGGGGUACGAGAGAGCAGUCCGCGGAGUCGUGUUGAGAGGGGGGGGAGGGAUGAGCGGCGAGAUCGGAGAGAGCGGCCUUAUUGAAGAACGUGCGUUGAGGAGGUGGGAGCUGUAAAAGCGACUUGGGGAACUACGUCGAAGGUGCUUAGAAGCAAGGUGUCCGUGUUUGGUAUGCGUUAUGAAUCGCAGGUUCGUUUGCUAAAGGGAGACGAGUGUCGUUUCAACACAAGUCGAGAAUGCUUUUCGACAGUCCGUGAAGUUAUGAAAGCCAUGCGCAACGCAAGUGCAUGAUGGUGUGCUUCGAACAAAUGGCAAUGGUCGGACAACGGUUGGCUUGCGGCCCACUUGUUGAACAACGAAAUAUUGAUAAUGCAGAGUAGAGUAUGUCCGUGUUUGGAACGCCUAAAUUGGUUGGCAAAUCAGUCCAGACUAAAUUCAUUUCAUUAGCCUGUCUCAACAAUUGUUGUCGAUGAAAUAAGGGUCGUUACUACAUAUGGUGUACGGGUCGAUGAUUGUUUUGGCAGUUUACGGUUCCGUUCUGAAAAUU